UACUAGAAAUUACAACAUUAUCUUUCUAGUGCUGGGGUCAAUUUCUCGAACCAUACUCGUAUUAGACUAAUAUUAUUAGUCCAAAAACUGUCAAAUCGUAAAGGUUUUCAUGACAACAACCUUGAUGGAGUUAAUCUAAAGAAACCUAAAUAUCAUUUUUGAAGACGUAUCCAUAGAUACCCCACACGUAUGGGGUUUGAUGAAAGAAUUUUUUUUUUAAAUUUUAUGACAUAUUAAAAAAAAACUACUUAGGUACUAGAUCUCGUUCAAACCAAUUUUCGGUGGAAGUUUGCAUGGCAAUGUAUAUCAUAUAUUUUUUUAGAUUUUUCAUUCUGUCAUUUUAGAAGUUACGGGGGGGGGGACACAUUUUACCACUUUGGAAGUGUCUCUCGCGCAAACUAUUCAGUUUAGAAAAAAAUUAUAUUAGAAACCUCAAUAUCAUUUUUAAAGACCUAUCCAUAGAUACCCCACACGUAUGGGUUUGAUGAAAAAAAGAUUUUUUGAGUUUCAGUUCUAAGUAUGGGGAACCUCCAAAAUUUAUUGUUUUUUUUUUUCUAUUUUUGUGUAUAAAUCUUAAUGCGGUUCAUAGAAUACAUCUACUUACCAAGUUUGAACAGUAUAGCUGUAGUAUAUGCAUGCAAACCGACGCGGGCGCGGUGUCGCUCCCCGCGCCCCCUUUUGUAUCCACCAGUAAUAAACGGACCGUCGACUGAACUGCUGUGUUUCCUUUACGCUCACAUCUACUUCACUGGCGACGAAUCUACCCGCGCGUGGAAAAAAAAAACAACCAUUUAUUAUGGCUUGUAUCGGAAGUCUUACAGUUUUUGACCAUAAUUCUCAAGAGUGGAAGAUAUUUCUUGGAAGGCUGCAGCAGUAUAUUAUUUUAAAUUCAGUUGAGGAUGCAAAGAAGGCCCCGUUAUUACUCACUCAUCUAUCGGAUGAGACUUACCGUCUGGCUACGGAUCUCGUGCAUCCGAUGAAAGUAGAGGAGGUUGCGUUUGACGCUUUAGUCGAAGUGCUGAACAAGCAUUUUUCGCCGAAAAGGUGUACCUUCGCCGACAGGGAGAAGUUUUCCGAGGCGAGAAGGACAACGGGAGAAAGUGUCGAGGGAUGGGCGGCGCGAGUGCGCGGACUAGCCGUGCACUGCGAGUUCGGCAGUGCAUUGGACAUGCUCCUAGUCAAUCGUUUUGUGCUAGGCAUGAACGUAGGCCGCGAACGUGAUCGCUUAUUCGAGCAGGACGCUACCACGCUUUCGUUUGCGAAGGCUUUGGAAGUAGCACAGCAGGCGGCGAGUGCGCGCCAUGCCCGAGCGACCGCCACGGAGUCAACGGCGGCGGCGCUCGUGAAGGAGGAACCGGUGUACCGGGUGAGCGGGACAAAGCCCGCCACCGACCGCGGACGAGAGGUUCGCAAGUGCACCGUGUGCGGCAUGAAAAAUCAUGAUGCGGAGCAGUGCAAGUAUAAAGGUUACAAGUGUCAAAAGUGCGGUUUAGUUGGACAUUUGAAAAAAGUGUGUAAGGGCAAGUUGUCGCGAAUCAAUAAUAUAGUGCAGCAAAAUACUGACACUUCGGAUGAGGCAUCGUGCUGUGUGGAGUGCCAAAACUAUAGAUUAAGGUUUCAAGAUUAGUGUGGGAGAAAUGUAGUAUAUGCAUGCAAACCGACGCGGGCGCGGUGUCGCUCCCCGCGCCCCCUUUUGUAUCCACCAGUAAUAAACGGACCGUCGACUGAACUGCUGUGUUUCCUUUACGCUCACAUCUACCUCAAUAGCUCUUAUAGUUUCGGAAAAAAGUGGCUGUGACAUAAUCGGACAAACAGACGGACAUGACGAAUCUAUAAGGGUUCCGUUUUUUGCCAUUUGGCUACGGAUCCCUAAAAAUUACAGAUUCUGCCCUGAAAAUCAAAAUAUUAGAUUAGUACUUGGUACAGAAACCCUUUGCAUCAAGAACAGCUUAGCAUCUUCGGGGAAGUGAUGCAAUCAACUUCGCGAAGAAAGAACUUGAAAUGCGUUCCCACUCUUCCUUUAAUUGUUCAAAUCUUUCGUUGACAUUUCUUGCACUCACACGACGACCUAGCUCCUUCCAUAGGUUUUCUAUAGGAUUCAAGUCCGGACUUUGGCUGGGCCAUUCCAAAACCCUCACUCUACGUUUUUUGAACAAUUGUUUAAUUAGACGAAUGUUUCGGGUCAUUAUCUUGCUGAAACAUAAACGCUCUGCCGAAAUUUUGGCGUGCCCAGGGAAGAAACACAUCUUGUAAUAUUCCUUCAUAAACUUCCUUCGUCAUAAUGUCGUUUAUUCGAUGUAAAGGACCAACUCCACUUGCACUGAAACAGCCCCACACCAUAAGGGAACCGCCGCCGUGUGUGACUGUAGGGAGCUGAUACUUGUGGGGUCAAAGCGAGCAUUGUUGGGACGUCGUCGUGGUCGGAACCGGAUCCGGACCCAAAUCGAACCCGGAUUCGAUCUCGGACCCGG